AAGUCCCUAGUGAGGCCGGCACUCUUUUAGCCUUCUUAUUUACAUACGUACGGAUCCACAUUAGUUCAUAAAUCUUGCUUCUUUAUUCGGUUUUCGACUCGAACAAAAAAAACCGCAACAAAGCCAACCCAUACGAGCAUCUUAAGGGAAGAUCAUGGACCGGUUGAUAAGCUUAGAGCCAUCUAAUGUUGUUGCAAUACGACUCGAACAAGGUCAAAAGUGUUACGGUCGACUCACUUUGAGAAACGUUAUGUACACAAUGCCGGUAGCUUUCCGGUUGCAACCAAUGAACAAGGCCCGGUACACCAUUCGACCACAAUCCGGGAUCAUAUCCCCGCUAACAACGGUUAUCGUAGAGAUCACCUACGACUUCCCUCCAAAUUCAAGUCUCCACGGGUCGUUUCCAUAUUGUGAUGACUCGUUUUUGUUACAUAGUGUGGUGGUUCCUGGAGCCGCGGUUAAAAACCCAUCAUCGACCCAUGAUUCGGUCCCUAUUGAUUGGUUUACUACAAGAAAGAAGCAAGUGUUUGUUGAUAGUGGUAUUAGGGUCAUGUUUGUGGGCUCGAUGGUAAUAACUAGACUUGUCAAGAAUGGGCCCAUGGAUGAAAUAAGGGACGUGUUAGAAAAGAGUGACCCGAGUUGGAAAACCGUUGACUCGGUUGAUGAAGAAGGUCAAACGUUACUUCACUUGGCGAUCUCACAAGGCCGACCUGACCUAGUCCAAGUGCUACUCGAGUUUGAGCCAGAUGUUGAGGCUAGGAGUCCGUCAGGAACAAGUCCACUUGAGGAUGCAGCAGCCUCAGGUGAUAGCUUGAUUGUUGAGCUAUUACUAGCUCAUCAAGCUAACACUGAGAGGUCUGAGUCAUCCACAUGGGGCCCACUCCACCUUGCUACUGGUGGAGGCCAUGUGGAUGUCCUGAAGCUCCUUUUACUAAAAGGAGCUAACGUGAAUGCGGUCACAAAAGAUGGGAACACCGCUUUACACCUCGCGGUGAAGGAGCGUAGACGAGACUGUGCUCGACUACUGCUGACCGCCGAAGCAAACCCUAAUGUAGCAAAUUUCGCCCACAACGAGACUCCAUUGCAUAUAGCGUCGGCUCACGGGGACGAAAACAUUGUCAAGCUUCUAUUACUUAAAGGAGCAAACAAAAACAUUCGCAACCGAUCAGGAAAAACCGCUUUCGACUUGGCAAAGGAGCACGGACACGCAAGGCUCUUUGACGCACUCGGGCUAGGCGACCGGUUAUGUCUAGCUGCGAGAAAAGGCGAAGUGAGAACCGUCAAUAGGGUCCUUGACGUUGGAGCCGCUAUUAACGGGCAAGACCAACACGGAUGGACCGCUUUGCACCGAGCCUCGUUCAAGGGCUACACGGACGUGGUUCGGCUCUUGAUCGAGAAGGGUGUCAAUCUAGACGCACGCGAUGGAGACGGGUACACCGCGUUGCAUUGCGCGGUCGAAUCGGGCAAUGUAGAUGUUCUUGAGUUGCUAGUGAAGAAAGGUGCGGAUGUAAAAGCAAGAACCAACAAAGGUGUGACCGCAAUGCAAAUAGCGGAUUCUUUAAAUUAUGUGGGAAUUGUAAGAAUACUUACAAAUGGAGGUGCAAAUAUGGAUGAAAUCAAAAAAUUUGGUAAACAUUCACCACCAGCAUUUGUGAAUAAAACGGGUUGGAGAUCCGACAAGGAUACGGGUUUGAAAAAGAAGACUAGACGGGUCAAAGCAUUUAGUGGUGGUUUUGAACGGUCUAGUUCACCUUUGGCUAUGUUUUAGUUAAUCUUAAUUAAAUUUAUGAUUAAGUAAAUCCAAUUCAUAGUUAAUGCUAGUAGUUCGUUCUUGUAAUCUUGUAUUAUUAGUCAUAAAAAUAAAAAUACAUACCGAAUUCUAAA